AAGUUACAGAUGCGUUCAUUUCAAAAACUACCACGAAACAAAACAAUUGGAACGUUUCGGUAGCUUUUAUAAAAAAAAAUAACACCACUUUUUGUGAAGGAAAUCGAAUUUUCUGUAUUUCGUGAGAUUUGUCAAAGAAAUCUUACUCCAGCAAAAUGUUUGCUCCUAUUGCUCGUAUUUCAAACAAACUGGGCAGGAAUGUGAUCACCACCAUGGUGAGGAACCACUCAAACGGUGGUAUUCCUGGGGAGAACCUGCCCUUUGACAUCUCCAACCGCUACAAGCUGACGGUCUACUUCAUCGCAUUCUUUGGCUCCGGCUUGGCCGCUCCUUACCUGAUCUGCCGCCAUCAACUCCUGAAGAAGUAAAGCUUCAACCAUCUGUGUUACUGCAUCAAAUGUUUUAGGUUUAAGCUAGCAAAGUGUACAAUAUAAUCAUAUUUAUGAUUUAAUAAAUUCCGUUCUAGAAUUAUCCUGUUUAUUUUUUGUUAGUAUGUAAAUGAGAAA